AUGACCCUGCCUAUUCCCCGGUUCUCUGUUCCCACCGCGCUAGCCUUGGGGUCGGCCGCACUAGGAGCUGCCUUCGCCACCGGCCUCUUCCUGGGAAGACGGUGCCCCUCCUGGUGGUCCCGGCCAGAAAAGCGCCUGCUGCCCUCAGAGGACAGUCCGCUUUGGCAGUACCUACUGAGCCGCUCCAUACGCGAGCAUCCAGCGCUGCGGAGCCUGCGGCUGAUGACCCUGGAGCAACCGCAAGGGGAUUCUAUGAUGACCUGUGAGCAGGCCCAGCUUCUGGCCAACCUGGCGCGGCUCAUCAAGGCCAAGAAGGCGUUGGAUCUGGGCACUUUCACAGGCUACUCUGCCCUGGCAUUGGCCCUGGCCCUGCCCCCAGCCGGACUAGUGGUGACCUGCGAGGUGAAUGCUGGACCCCCAGAGCUGGGGCGGCCCCUGUGGAGGCAGGCUGAGGAGGAGCACAAGAUUGACCUUCGGUUAAAGCCUGCCCUGGAGACCCUGGAGGAACUCCUAGCUGCAGGCGAGGCUGGCACCUUCGACGUAGCGGUGGUGGAUGCAGACAAGGAAAACUGUGCUGCCUACUAUGAGCGCUGCCUACAGCUACUGCGACCUGGUGGCAUUCUCGCCAUACUCAGUGUCCUGUGGCACGGAGAGGUGUUGCAACCUCAGCAGAAGGAUAAGGAGGCCCAGUGCGUGCGAAACCUGAAUGAGCGCAUCCUGCGGGACGCAAGGGUCCACAUCAGUCUUCUGCCCCUGGGUGAUGGCCUCACCUUGGCCUUCAAGAUCUAG